UUACGAAUCAGUGGUUCCUACCAGCUGUUAGAGGAGACAUCCCUCCAGGCUGUGCUGCCCAUGGAUUUGUCUGCGAUGGUACCAGAAUAUUAGUAUUUGGGGGAAUGGUCGAAUAUGGAAGAUACAGCAAUGAGUUAUAUGAGUUACAAGCAAGUCGCUGGUUAUGGAAAAAGGUGAAACCCCACCCCCCUUCUUCUGGUUUACCUCCUUGUCCUAGGCUGGGACAUAGCUUCUCUUUAUAUGGUAACAAAUGCUAUUUAUUUGGUGGCCUGGCAAAUGAAAGCGAAGAUUCAAACAAUAAUGUUCCCAGAUAUUUAAAUGAUUUCUAUGAGUUGGAACUACAGCAUGGCUCUGGCGUUGUGGGUUGGAGCAUUCCAGUGACAAAAGGGAUUGUGCCUUCUCCAAGAGAAUCCCAUACAGCCGUUAUAUAUUGCAAAAAAGAUUCUGGAAGUCCUAAAAUGUAUAUUUUUGGCGGAAUGUGUGGUGCUCGCCUGGAUGACCUAUGGCAACUUGACUUAGAGACUAUGUCAUGGUCAAAACCAGAAACCAAAGGGACAGUGCCACUCCCAAGAAGCCUUCACACAGCCAGUGUUAUAGGAAACAAGAUGUACAUUUUCGGUGGAUGGGUUCCACAUAAGGGGGAAAAUAUUGAGACUUCAUCUCAUGAUUGUGAAUGGAGAUGUACCAGUUCAUUUUCUUACCUAAAUUUGGAUACAGCAGAAUGGAUCACUCUAGUAUCAGAUUCUCAGGAAGAUAAAAAAAAUUCAAGACCAAGACCAAGAGCUGGACACUGCGCUGUUGCAGUUGGCACUCGAUUGUAUUUUUGGAGUGGGAGAGAUGGCUACAAAAAAGCACUAAAUGGUCAAGUUUGUUGCAAGGAUCUUUGGUAUCUUGAUACUGAGAAACCACCAGCACCCUCCCAAGUGCAGCUGAUCAAAGCUACUACCAACUCUUUUCACGUCAAGUGGGACGAAGUGCCUACGGUUGAGGGCUAUCUUUUGCAAUUGAAUACAGACUUGACUUACCAAGCUGCAUCAUCGGAUUCUUCAGCACCACAUAUUCAAGGAAUCAGGAUGGACCCUCACAGACAAGGCAGUAAUAGCAUCAUUCCUAACAAUAUCAGUGAUACAGUAAACAGUGCAAAAAUGGAGCAUACAGCCAUGAAAGGAACUUCAGCGAAAAACAGACUAGACCAUAAAGCAUCGAUGGAUUCUAAUGCCAUUUUACUUUCAUCUUUGGCAUCUAAUGCUUCUAAUCAUAAUAGUUGUAUGAUGGAUGUGCGAAGGAAAAGUGAAGGUCCUCACACUUCAGCAAAUCUAGGUGUUUUAAGUAGUUGCCUGGAUGUAAGAACAGUAACCCCUGAAACUUCCAUAUCCAGUACUGUGUCCAGCCCACAAACUAUGGUAACCCAGCAGACCAUUAAAACGGAGUCAUCCAGUACAAAUGGGACAGUUGUUAAAGAUGAAACUUCACUAACAACAUUCAGUACCAAAUCUGAAGUUGAUGAAACAUGUGCACUACCAGCAACUAAGAUCAGCCGUGUAGAGAUGCAUGCUGUAGCAAUGCCAUUUUCUAAAGAGACUCCUUCAAAUCCAGUGUCUACAGUGAAAGCAGGAGAACGGCAGUGGUGUGACGUGGGAAUCUUUAAAAAUAAUACAGCUUUAGUAAGCCAGUUUUAUUUGCUGCCAAAAGGGAAACAGAGCGUCUCAAAGGUAGGAAAUGCAGACGUACCUGAUUACAGUCUACUUAAGAAACAAGACCUUGUUCCAGGCACAGGAUACAGAUUCAGGGUUGCUGCAAUCAAUGGUUGUGGAAUAGGUCCUUUCAGCAAAAUGAGUGAAUUUAAAACUUGUAUUCCUGGUUUUCCUGGAGCUCCUUCUGCAGUCAGAAUUUCAAAGAAUGUUGAAGGUAUCCAUCUUUCCUGGGAACCUCCAACUUCACCUUCUGGAAAUAUUUUGGAAUAUUCAGCCUACUUGGCUAUCCGCACAGCACAGAUACAAGAUAACCCAAGUCAGCUUGUGUUUAUGAGGAUUUAUUGUGGUCUUAAGACAUCAUGUAUAGUAACUGCUGGGCAACUUGCAAAUGCACAUGUAGAUUAUACAUCCAGGCCUGCCAUUGUGUUCAGGAUAUCAGCAAAGAACGAAAAGGGAUAUGGACCAGCUACACAAGUUCGAUGGCUUCAAGGUAACAAUAAGAAAGCACCUUUAAAUUGAAUUGUUUUUUUACUGAAGCUGUUGUGAUGAUUAUUUAUUAGUAACUGGUUAUGAAGAGUUGUCAUUUAAAAGGUAUCCUCUGUCUGUAUUUCUAGCAUUUAUGAAUUUGAGUUUGUAAGUUCUUAAAAUGUAUUUGCUUAAUUUUAGAUCCAAAUAAAAAUAGAAAAGAAGCAAAGACUCUUUGAAAAUUAGUAUAUGGGUUCUUCCUUCCAGGCAUAGCUGUUUUUAUAAAGAAAAAUACUAAAAUUAGGCUAAAAGCUAGAAGGCUUUAUUGCCCUAAUAUAUCUUAUAAAGACUGUGUAACUCAGUCAUCCUAGAGUUACUGAGAUGAUACUAAUAACUGGCUGCUGUGCACUAUGCCGUCUCUGUAGUUCUCUAUCCUGUAAACACCCUAUCUGCCAGUACUCCCUCUAGCUUUAUUCUACAUAAGCAGCGGUCCUCUAACAAUUACCUUCUGCCAGAUAAUAUUUGUGAUACCAGUUCUGAUUCCUUCCCUUUGUUUAUUUACAGUUAGCAUCGAGCUGGAAAUUUAAAGAGGCAAGUUCAGAAACUCUGCUUCUGCAUUUAUUUCCUCUAAGAAUCAUGAUAAAAUACAUGAAGUUAAAAGUUUUCUUAAUUCUUACUGGGUCCAUAUAUUUGAAUAUAUUUCUGGCCAAAGCACUUAAUUUAUCUGGCCCUCAAUUUUUUCAUUAACAGAUGAGGAAAUUAAAACAGUUUACCUUUAAGGUUUCUGUCAGCACUAAUGUUUUAUAUUUUCAUCAGAAGUAAAGUAUACUUGUGAACAUUUUCAUCUGGCUUAAAGGUUCUAACUUUGCUUCUGCUGAAAUUAAAACUCUAUAAUUUAAAAUUCAAAAUUAAACCAUAUUUCUUAUUUUAAAAGAAAGAAGCACCUUAACAGGACACAGAUUUUGAAAUCGUGUUUUAAACAUUUGUAAGAUUUUUGUAAAUGCUCUAAAUGUUUUAUUUUUGCAUUGUUUUUACCUUGAAAUUGUAUAAACUUUUGUACGAUGGAAAUAGAAGCAGCAGACAGCUAACUCAGGUUCCAUUACAAUCUUAAAGAUGCAGAUAGACGUUAAGAACACUGCUAUAGGCAACUUGUUUUAAACCUUUUAGGAAUGUCAUGGUUUCACUGCCUGUUCUAAUCUGGAGUGAAUACACGGAGCAAUAAUUGCUGAAAAGAUAUUUCAGAAUAAGAGCUGCAAAUACUGCAGGGUUGCAAGUCUAUCUUUCUUUAUACCACAUACCCUUAGGCCAUUUUAGGUUGACUGAGUAGCUGUGUCUUCAAACUUCAUGUAUGAUAC